UCAGUCUCGUUUUGCUCUCUUCACUGCUAAGGUUUUACUCUCUGACCAAAACGGCGUCGUUUUUUCGGAGCUUAACUGCACUAAAAAAAAUCACACUUCAAUGUUCAGUUGGUUGUUAGUUAGUUAGUUAGUUUAUUCUGUUUUAUUCCGUUAUUGCUCAGUGUGUUAGCGAAGUUGUGAACUAGGAACUCCAUUUGAUUUUGAGGAUAAGGAUUAUCUAUCUCUCAGCCCGACAGACUAAGGACUAAUUCGUCGUGGAUCUGAAUUUUAUUUAAGGGUUUGUUGUUGGCCAUGUAUAAGGCGGGAUUCGUAACCUGACACUUGUUUAAGCGGACGAGUGAGCUGACCACUAACCAACCCAAGUUGGUUUAGGAUAAGGAUUAUAAUGCAUUUAAUUGCGUUUGGUGCAAUUUUAUUUAAGAAUUCAUCCAAAAAAGAAAAGUGAGUUCAGCUAGGAAGCUGAAAAUUUUGAGUAUGAUGCAUUGUAACCGAAGGAGCUUGAAGCAUAGAGUGAGAUAUUAGUGGUUUAAAACUUAAAAGGCAUGGUUGACUGCUUCAUAGAAGAUGGAGAACAAUGGUAGCAAUUCAAAUUCCCAUCAGAAUCACACUGAAAACAGUUCAGCUGAUGCAAGCAAAGAGAAGAAAGAUGUUUUUGUAAACCAUGCUGAGAUAGCUUGGCAUCAAAUGAGGAAGGAAUGGGUUGGUAAUCAGUCUAAAAAAUUGCAGAGAUCACUGAAAGAUUCAAUUAUGAGCUUGACAACUAGUUAUGAGGAUAUGCUUUUAUCUACAGAAGCUUUUCCACUGCCAAUUCCAUUAGCUGAUAUGGUGGAUUUUCUUGUGGACUUUUGGCAUGAUGGGGGUCUCUAUGAUUAGAUGACAGAUGUUUGCGAAUGCUGGUAAGAAUUGAAGAGGCAUUUGUAUGAACAUGAAGAGGCAGCUAUUAACAAACCAAUCCCUCAAAAUAAAAGCCUUGUUAUCAUCAUGCAAAACCAUGCAACAAGGACUCCAAAUCCAUGCUUACGUUAUCCUCAAUGGCUGCCACCACGACAUUCUUGUCCAAACAUCACUCAUCUCUUUCUUUGCUUCCUUAAACUCCUCGAGCUCGUUGCACCAUUGUCGCCUUGUCUUCUCCCAAGUUACCACCCCGGACACCUUUCUAUGGAAUGCCAUGGUCAAAGCUCACUCUUAUAGCCACACCCCACAAUACACCAUCACUUUCUACAGGUCAAUGCUCAAUGCUCCUGCUUCCCCUGAUAGCUUCACUUACCCUUUUGUGAUCAAGUCGUGUGCGCGUCUGUUGAGUCCCAAACUUGGUUUCCAGGUUCAAUGCCAUGUAAUGAAAAAUGGGUGUGUUUCGGAUAUCUUUGUUGUGAAUGCUUUGCUACAUAUGUAUUGUGUUUUGCAAGAAACCCCUUAUGCGUGCAGGGUGUUUGAUGAAAGUCCUGUGAGAGAUAUUGUUUCGUACAACACUAUGAUGAGUGGAUUUGUGCAGGCGGGUCGCGCAGGAUGUGUGUUUCGGGUUUUCAGGGAGAUGGGGGUUUUCGGAAUUGAGGUUGAUGAGUACACAAUUGUUGCUUUGCUUUCUGUUUGUAAUUUGUUGGAAGAUUUCAAAAUAGGGAAGCAGGUGCAUUGCUUGGCAUGCAAGAAAAUGUGUUCCAAUGAUGUGGUGAUGAAUGCACUGGUUGAUAUGUAUGCGAGAUGUGGGUGCUUGGAUAUGGCUGAGAGAGUUAUGAAGAGUGGGGUGAGGAGCGGUAAUAGUGUUGUUGCGGCUUGGACAUCCGUGGUGAGUGCCUAUGCACGCCGUGGCGAGGUUGAGGUUGCUAGAAGAUUGUUCAACCAAAUGGAUGAUCGAGAUUUGGUUUCUUGGACAGCAAUGAUCAAUGGCUACUCCAAUGCUGGGUAUUUCCAAGAGGCAUUGGAUCUAUUUGUGCAGUUGGAGGAUUUGGGAUUAAAACCAGAUGUGGUUGCUGUGGUUGCUGCUCUUUCUGCGUGUGCGCGACUAGGUGCACUUGAUAUGGGAAGAAGGAUCCACUGCCGUUAUGCUGCCAAGAAUUGGCCCGAUUCUCAAAACGGGGGAUUCAUUGCUGCGGUUGUUGAUAUGUAUGCCAAGUGUGGAAGCAUAGACACUGCAUUGGAUAUAUUCAACAAAACAAGUGAUAGUUUGAAAACUACUUUGCUCUAUAAUUCCAUUAUCUCUGGUCUUGCUCAUCAUGGCCAUGGUGAAUAUGCUUUAACUUUGUUCAAAGAAAUGAAGUUAUUGGGUCUAAAACCAGAUGAGGUCACAUUUGUAGCACUUUUGUGUGCUUUUGGCCAUAAUGGUCUAGUUGAUGAUGGCUUGAACCUCUUUGAAUCCAUGCUGAGUGUUUAUGGUAUCAACCCUCAAAUGGAGCAUUAUGGCUGUAUGGUUGAUCUUCUUGGAAGAGCUGGUCAUUUGAACGAAGCGUAUGGUUUAAUUUCGAACAUGCCUUUCAAGGCCAAUGCUGUGAUUUGGAGAGCAUUCUUAAGUGCUUGCAAGUUACAUGGAGAUGUGGAGUUGGCAAAAAUUGCAGGACAAGAGCUUCUUAAGAUGGAGCAUGAUCAUGGCGCACGUUAUGUGAUGCUGUCGAACAUGCUAGCCGACGCAGCGCAGCAUGAAGAAGCUGCAAGUGUGAGAAAAGAAAUUGAUGAAGUUGGAAUUCAGAAACCACCUGGCUGGAGCUAUGUAGAAAUGAAUGAAGGUCUUCACAAGUUUGUGGCAGGUGACAAGUCUCAUCCAGAAGCUAAAGCCACCGAGUUGAUGCUUAGGGAUAUCAACAUGGGCCUAAAAUCUUUUGGGCAGGUCAUAAAUGUAUCAAAAAUGGUGUUUGAUAUAGAUUAACAUUUUGAGGAACAGAUGGAUUGUUACCCUCUUCUUUGACAUUAUAUGAAAAGGUUAAUUCGGUUAUUGGUUGAGCUUCAUGAAACACUCAUCAGAUUCUGCAAACUAACAUAGCUUCAACUUCUAUUGAAAUAAUGUCAAUAUUUGCACAUUAGAUCUAUCAUUUAUAACAAUAAACAAAAGUUGCUAAGGUUUUCAAUUUCUUUUUCUUUCUUCUCUAAUAACUGAA